UCUCGCUCUCUCUCUCCCACUCGCAAUUUCAAAUUAUCAUUUCCUCAAAGGUCAGCGACUUCCGAGUCCACGGCGUUUCGUUAUCAUACUCCGAACCUACUACGUUACGCCACCGCUUGAUUCGCUGGUAACUUCACGUAUGGAGAGUAAUACUUUAAAAGAUUUGAAUACUCUUCCUGUAACUGAGACGAUGAGUGAAUGUUUUAAAGAAAGCUUAGCCAAGCCUUGUGUUGCGAAAAUGAAUGCAAAAUCUGAAGAUAGACCAUUACCUAGCAGCACUAUUGCUUUGAAUCCCACUAGCCUUGGAGAACCAGAGAAAGCAACCGUGGAAGUUGAAUAUAUUGAAUCAGAGAACUUGGAUAAUGUAGACCAUGCUGAUGCAGUUCUCAAGAUGGUUCUAGCUGGUCUGGACUCCAAGGAUUGGGUAUCUGUCUGUGAGGCUCUUAAUAAUGUUCGUCGGCUUUCCAUAUUCCACAAAGAAGCAAUGUUGCCUAUACUAGAAAAAGUGAUCCCACUUGUCGUGAAAUCACUGAAAAAUCCGAGAAGUGCGGUAUGUAAAACGGCAUGCAUGACAUCAGCAGACAUCUUCAGUGCAUAUAACGACCAUAUAACAGAUCUGUUGGAUUCUCUGCUUACUCAACUCCUCCUCAAGUCUUCUCAAGAUAAAAGGUUUGUCUGCGAGGCAGCAGAGAAAGCUUUAACAUCAAUGACCAAAUACGUUUCCCCAACUUUGCUGUUACCAAAGCUGCAACCUUGUCUCAAGAACAGGAAUCCUCGGAUCCGUGCUAAAGCAUCGUUAUGCUUCUCCCGAAGUGUUCCUCGACUGGGCGUUGAAGGUAUUAAAGAAUACGGAAUCGAUAAAUUAGUUCAAGCAGCCGCUUCUCAACUUAGCGAUCAGCUCCCUGAAUCUCGGGAGGCUGCACGGACCGUCCUGCUAGAACUUCAGAACGUGUACGAAAAAGCUCAUCCUCUCAUCAAACCAGAGACAUCAUCAUCGCCAGAGGGAGAGAAAAUCUCAGAGGCAGAGCCAAUUACUUGGGAAAUCUUCUGCCAGUCAAAGCUAUCCGCUCUAAGCGCACAAGCCGUUCUUCGUGUCACUAGUGUUGUGCCAGUGACUGCUCGGGAGGUGUUGGUUACUACAUGUUCAUCUCCUACAUCACAGUUAUAA